AUGAAGUUCGGGUGGCUAGAAGUGGUCGGCCUAACGGCCUCAGUGGUCAACGCGAAUCCUCUAGCUCAUUCACCUCCAUACUAUCCCUCCCCAUGGAUGAGUGGUGCGGGCGAGUGGUCUGACGCUUACACACGCGCCGUCGCGUUCGUCUCUAACUUGACACUGGCCGAGAAAGUCAACUUGACAACUGGUACUGGCUGGGAGCAAGAACGAUGUGUUGGUGAGACCGGUGGGGUUCCCCGACUUGGCAUGUGGGGGAUGUGUAUGCAAGACGCGCCAUUGGGCAUACGAUUUAGUGAUUACAACUCUGCUUUCCCUGCUGGUGUCAAUGUAGCCGCGACAUGGGAUAAGCGACUUGCCUAUCAGCGUGGUACGGCAAUGGCCGAGGAACAUCGCGACAAGGGCGUGGAUGUGCAGUUGGGUCCCGUUGCUGGCCCUCUGGGCAAGUACCCAGAGGGCGGUCGUAACUGGGAAGGGUUCUCGCCUGACCCGGUUUUGACUGGUGUGAUGAUGGCCGAAACCAUCAAGGGUAUGCAGGAUGCUGGUGUCAUUGCUUGUGCUAAGCAUUACAUUGGAAAUGAGCAGGAGCACUUCCGCCAAGCUGGCGAGGCUCAGGGAUACGGGUUCAACAUCUCUGAGAGUCUGAGCUCAAACAUUGAUGACAAGACUAUGCACGAGUUGUACCUCUGGCCUUUCGUGGACUCUAUCCGUGCGGGUGUUGGCUCUGUCAUGUGUUCCUACAAUCAGAUCAACAACAGCUACGGUUGUGGGAACAGCUACACCCUCAACAAGCUUCUCAAGGGCGAGCUGGGCUUCCAGGGCUUUGUUAUGAGCGAUUGGGGUGCGCACCACAGUGGUGUUGGGUCAGCCCUGGCUGGUCUGGACAUGUCUAUGGCCGGUGACGUCUCCCUUGGUAGCCCUUACUCCUUCUGGGCUACCAACCUGACCAUCUCUGUUCUGAACGGCACCGUUCCAGAAUGGCGUGUUGACGACAUGGCUGUCCGAAUCAUGGCUGCUUACUAUAAGGUUGGACGUGACCGCUUCCGCACUCCUCCCAACUUCAGCUCCUGGACCCGCGAUGAGUUCAACUUCCAGCACUUCAUGGUCAGCGAUGGCUGGGCCAAGGUCAACGAGCGCGUAAACGUUCAGCGUGACCACGCGCAGAUCAUUCGCAAGAUUGGCUCGGACAGCACUGUCCUGCUCAAGAACAAGGGUCAUGCACUGCCUCUUACUCACAAUGAGAGAUUCAUUGGCAUUUUUGGAGAGGACGCAGGCUCUAAUUCUUAUGGUGCCAAUGGCUGCGCCGACCGUGGUUGUGACAACGGAACUUUGGCCAUGGGCUGGGGCAGUGGAACUGCGAACUUCCCUUACCUGAUUACACCCGAGCAAGCCAUCCAAAAUGAAGUCCUGGAAUACAGCAACGGGCAGACUAACGUUUUCGCUGUGACUGAUAAUUGGGCACUCAAAGAGAUGGCCGCCUUGGCAUCUCAGGCUGAUGUUGCCUUGGUUUUCGUGAACGCCGAUUCGGGUGAGGGAUUCAUCAACGUUGACGGCAACGAGGGUGACCGCAAGAACCUGACGCUCUGGAAAAAUGGUGAAGAGGUUAUCAAGACUGCUAGUCAGAACUGCAACAACACUAUCGUCGUGAUCCAUAGCACCGGCGCUGUUCUGAUUAGCGACUGGUAUGACAAUGACAACAUUACUGCCAUUGUCUGGGCCGGUUUGCCGGGCCAGGAGAGCGGUCACAGUCUGGUGGAUGUACUAUAUGGUCGCGUCAAUCCGGGUGGUAAGACUCCAUUCACCUGGGGUAAGACUCGCGAGGACUAUGGCCCUGCUUUGGUCACCGUGCCCAACAACGGUGCCGAUGCCCCUCAGGACAACUUCGAGGAUGGCGUCUUCAUUGACUAUCGUCGCUUUGACAAGGACAAAACGGAGCCCAUUUACGAGUUUGGUUACGGUCUGAGCUACACAAACUUUGCCUUCUCCGACCUAAAGGUCACUCCACUUCCCUCAACUGAAUACAACGAAUACAAAGCGACGACUGGAAAGACGCAAAAAGCCCCCGUUCUCGGCAAGCCUAGCAAAGCCUCGGACAACCUGUUCCCCGAGGGAAUUAGACGUGUCCGACAGUACCUUUACCCGUGGUUGAACUCCACUGACCUGCGUGCUUCGUCCGGUGAUCCUGACUAUGGCAUGGACUCGAAGGAUUACAUCCCCGAGGGUGCUACCGAUGGUUCUCCCCAGGACCUUCUCCCCUCUAGCGGCAGCUCCGGUGGCAACCAUGGUCUAUUUAAAGAUCUCUACCAGGUGACCGCUACUAUCACCAACACUGGCUCUGUGACUGGUGAUGAGGUUCCCCAGUUGUACGUCUCCCUCGGUGGCGAUGGUGAGCCCUCAAAGGUCCUGCGCCAGUUUGACCGAGUCACUAUUGCCCCUGGCCAGUCCCUCAAGUGGACCACCAUUCUGACCCGCCGUGACGUCUCCAACUGGGACGCCACCUCACAAAACUGGGUGAUCACUAACGCCCAGAAGAAGGUGUAUGUCGGCAAUUCAUCCCGCAAGUUGCCUCUCUCGGCCGACUUGCCCUCGGUUUAG